GCAAUUCCUACGCCAAGGUGGGGUUGAUGUUCAACUUCUGUAAUCUGCAGUAUUUCUCAUCAAUAUUAUUCAAUCAGUAUCAGAAGUUGUACAUCAUCCCUGCCAUUAAUGACUACUGGGAAGAACACAAACAGAAAUGUUGGAAAGAAAGAGAGAACAAAGAGGUUAUAUUGAGUGGUGAUGGAAGGAAUGACUCGCCUGGCCAUAGUGCACAAUAUUGUACUUACAGCUUGGCUGAUACCAAUGAUCGUGCCAUACUGCAAAUGAAUGUGGUUGAUGUGAGAGAAGCUGCUGGUAAGAGCAAUAAUAUGGAGAGGAUUGGGUUUGAAAAAAAGAUGGACACACUGCUUGCACCACCAAUAGUUAUGAAGGAGGUGGUAACUGAUGGUCAUAUUGAAAUUGCUGCAUUGAUGAAAAGGGAAGAGAAAUAUAAGGAGGUCACACAUCAGAAUGAUGUGUGGCAUGGAGCAAAGAACAUUGCAAGGAAAAUCACUACUGCUGCUAAAUCUACAGACAAUGCAGAUUUGACCUUGUGGGCACCAUCAAUAAGGAACCAUUUUUGGUAUUGUUCAAAAACAUGUGCUAAUGACUCAAAAAAUCUCAAAGAUAAGUGGAUUGGUAUUUUACACCAUGUUGUUGAUGAGCAUGAGUGGGUGUUGGAGGAAGGUGUAAAUGGUGGGAAAUGUGAACAUGAUCCUCUUAAUGAAAGUGAGAGAAAGAAGCCAUGGCUUAAGAAAGAGUCUUCUGCCCAUAAAGCACUGGCAAAGAUCAUUCUGGACACUCGCUUUUUAAACACUUUGGUGUAUUAUGUUAACUUCAGGCACACAGGAUUUUUAGAGUACUUUCAUAAUGUAAUUUUGAUGUAUGCUCCAAAGCGUUAUGCCUAUUCAAACCAGCUUGCUGCCUUGGACUUUAACCACCACAGAGGCCGAGCACCAGCAACUACAGCUGAUUGGAAAGAAAGGUACGGUCGGAAGUUCAGUAAGCGUACACAACAGUGGUGCCGUGUUCGUGUUCUUGUACCAAAAGAAUUUAGUUACAUUCCUGAACUGAUGCAGAAGGUUUUUAUAAAGAGGAUCACAUCAGAUGGGAAUGUAAACAAAAGACUUGGUAUUCCAAGUGAUGAUCCUAGACAAAUUGCACCCAAUAUUGCCCCUGUUCCUCCUCCAUCAGUACAGACACUUGUCGACACACAUAAAACAAGAUUUUAAUGGUUGUGUGUAAAAUCAAGUUACUUUGGGUAGGUGGAGCUCAUUAGCCAUGGUAGGCAGUUCACCUAAGAGAAGGAAAACUCUAAUUUCAAACCCCCAGACCCUAGGUCAGGCUGUCCAUGUCGGAAUCAUUGAUGUUAUCAUCAUUUCAUUUGUGUUUCCUAGGCAUGCUGACGAGUUCUGAUAUAGAGCGAAACAGCCAUAAAUUUAAGAGCCCAUUAUCAAUGAAAUAUGACACAUAAUAUCUUAAAUGGAAUGUUUUGUUAAAUUAUUA